UAUAUGUUAUUGAUACAACAAUUUUACACAAGAAAUUAAUAUUUUUUAUAGAUAAGAGAUUACCGAUAUACAUCAAGGAAUACAGAAAGAAUGACUGAACAGGAAGAACUUGUCUGCGUGCCCGGCCAAAGGUUAUGUGUAGCAGAUAAGAAUAAUGUAGCUGGUGCAGGAACAUACGAGCAGCAGGGUUACAUCUAUUCGAAACUCGCUGGCAUUGUAAAAUUAGUGACAGACGACAAAACUCGUACAGUGGAAGUACAUGGUAUAACGGAACAAAGCAUUGUUCCUGCACCAGGAGAUAUUGUGACGGCCAUGGUCACUGUAGUGAAUCAAAGAUUUUGUAAAUGCAGUAUCAAGUGUGUAGGUGACAUAGUCUUGACGAGACCUUACAGAGGAAUAUUGAGAAAGGAGGAUGUUCGAACAAUUGACAAAGACAAACUAGAGAUGUACAAGUGCUAUCGACCUGGAGAUAUUAUUCUCGCGAGAGUUAUGCCAAUGACAGAAAUACACACCUAUCAAUUGAGCACCGCAGAAAAUGAGCUAGGAGUAGUUAUAGCUCACAGCGACGAAGAAAUUCGGCAGAUGAUGCAUGGAUUUGGUGAUAGCAGCGAACCAUUGUUCGAAUCUGCAAAGAUUAUAGAGGAUGUCGUGCUACAACAAAUGAAAAUAAUUGUCAGAAGAGCUUGUGAAAUAGCAGACAGACGAGCUAGUUCAAAAAAAAGUAAUGUUAUUAAUGGAGAAGAUCUUCUCUUUUUAUUGCGUAAAGAUAAGAUCAGGCUUCAACGCAUUGUGAAAUAUCUUGAACUCAAAGAAUUAGGAUGCUCGGUUCAAAAACUUAUGACGGCGAACGAUGUGCCACAAAAUGUCACGGAUCCUGAACAACUGGAUGGUACCAAGAAAAAAGUACCGUUUCAAAGUUUUCUAGAACAGAUUGACAACACAGGUGAACUUCUGGAAAAUUCAUCCUCGGUAGACGAUGUUAAACGACGUAGAUGCAUUCGUGCGGAUAUUGCGUCGAAGUCUAUGGACGAGGUACAUUAUAUGAAAUUCAGCAAGGCACGUCGUGUGUCCUUUGCGAACAAAAAUCGUCACAAAUUCAGCGAUUGGAUUUGCGCAGAUGGUGACGUUACUGUAUCAAAGCAAGCAUACACAAUCUUAUCUUACCUUGCAUAUGAAACAGUUGCUCAAAUUGUUGAUCUCGCAUUCCUAGUCCGGCAAGAUCAGGGUAAAAUGCACGGCGAUGCCAUAGAUCGGCAACGACUCAAUUAUAUUAAUCCAUUUACGUUCAAGCCGCGCUAUCAUAGCAAGAAUUUCGUAAUGAAACCAUUAACUCCUUCGGAGAUAACUGAAGCCCUGAGAAGAUACUGGUCCCCACAGCUAGAUAUGACAGGUCCAUUUAAUAGAUGGUCUAUGAGAAAACCACACUUGAAACUCCUUUCAUGUUAAAUGUAAAGAUUUGAAAAAGGCUUUCUACUUAGGAUUGGACUGGAUCCACCGCCAAUAUUUCUUAUGAGAUUCCUCAAUGUCUUUGGA